CUCAGCCACUCGCCCUGUCAGCGCGCGAGCCGGGAUCCGCGCCCCCCUGCCCAGCCCGGCGGCGCCCGGCGCAGCCCACGCGGGCGGGGAAACGCCGCGCCGCCCUGGGGAGACUCAGAGCGGCGGCGGCGGCGGCGGCGGCAGGACCCCUCCUCCCUCCCGGCAUCCCCGGCCCCGCUCCCCUCCCUCCCCGGCUCCUCGCCCGCCGGGAGCCCCUCUCGCCGCCGCAGCCCGGGCUCGGCUCCAGGGGACGAUGCUCUGGCUCCCCAGCGGCAGGGCUCCGGCUCCGCUGCUCCGCUCCCCCGCCGCCCCCUUCGCCGCCUGGCUCCUGCUCAGCCCCCUGUGGGUCCAGAUGUCUCUGGCUUCCUCCUUCCUGACAGGAUCUGUUGCAAAAUGUGAAAAUGAAGGGGAGGUUCUUCAGAUACCCUUUAUCACAGACAAUCCUUGCAUAAUGUGCAUUUGCCUGAAUAAGGAAGUGACAUGCAAACGAGAGAAGUGUCCAGUGCUUUCCAAGGAGUGUUCUCUGGUCAUUAAGCAGAGAGGAGCCUGCUGUGAGCAAUGCAAAGGUUGCACUUUUGAAGGAAACAACUACAACAGCUCCAUAAAAUGGCAAGCCCCAGCUAAUCCAUGUAUUGCAUAUCAGUGUCAGGAAGGAGUGGUAACAGAAUCUGAGAUGCAGUGUGUUGUCCAUUGCAAAAACCCUUCUGAGCUGCCGGGAAUGUGUUGCCCCACUUGUCCAGGUUGUAUAUUUGAAGGUAGACAUUACCAUGAAGGGAAAGAAUUUCAGCCUGAAGGAAACAAAUGCACCAAGUGUUCUUGUAUUGGAGGCAGGACAAAGUGCAUACGAGAAGUCUGCCCCAUUCUGUCAUGUCCCCAGCAUCUCAGUCACAUUCCUUCUGGACACUGUUGUCCCAAGUGUUUAGGCCAGAGGAAAGUAUUUGACCUCCCAUUUGGAAGCUGCCUCUUUCACAGUGAUGUUUAUGACAAUGAAUCCUCUUUUGUUUAUGACAACUGCACUACGUGUACCUGCAGGAAUUCUACAGUGGUAUGUAAGAAGAAGUGUUUACCUCCUGGAGAAUGCAAUAAAAGCAAGGAACACUGCUGCCAGGAGUGUGUCUCAUACGUCUCUCCUGAGGAACUGAAAGUGUGCAAAUUUGGGAACAAGAUCUUUCGGGAUGGAGAGAUGUGGUCCUCUGUUAACUGCACCAUCUGUGCUUGUGUGAAAGGCAAGACAGAGUGUCGCAAGAAGCAGUGCAUUCCAGUCAACAGCUGCCCUUAUGGUAAGAUCCUGAACAGAAAAGGAUGCUGUCCUAUUUGCACUGAAAAGCCUGGAGUUUGCACUGUAUUUGGAGACCCUCACUACAACACUUUUGAUGGAAGGACAUUUAACUUUCAGGGAACAUGUCAGUACGUUUUGACGAAAGACUGCUCCUCCUCUGCCUCGCCCUUCCAGGUGCUGGUGAAAAACGAUGCCCGCCGGACCCGUUCUUUCUCCUGGACAAAAUCUGUGGACCUUGUGUUGGGCAGAAGCACUAUCAGCCUCCAGCAGCACCUCACAGUGAAAUGGAAUGGGACCCGGAUAUCACUGCCUUGCGAGACUCCUCAGUUUCAGAUCGACUUGGAUGGUUACUUGCUGAAAGUGACAACCAAAGCAGGCUUGGAAAUCUCCUGGGAUGGAGACAGUUUUGUCGAAGUCAUGGCUGCACCACAUCUGAAAGGCAAACUCUGUGGCUUGUGUGGCAACUAUAAUGGGCACAAGAGAGAUGACCUGGUAGGGGGUGAUGGGAAUUUUAAAUUUGAUGUGGAUGACUUUGCUGAGUCCUGGCGUGUGGAGUCGAAUGAGUUCUGCAGUCGCCCACAGAAGAAACCUGUGCCUGAACUGUGCCAAGGAACAGUGAGGGUAAAACUUCGGGCCCACCGGGAAUGCCAGAAACUCAAGGCUUGGGAGUUUCAGAAUUGUCAUUCAACGAUGGAUUAUACUACGUUCUAUCGGUCCUGUGUAACAGAUAUGUGUGAGUGUCCAGUUCAUAAAAACUGCUAUUGCGAGUCAUUCCUGGCCUAUGCCCGAACCUGUCAGAGAGAAGGGGUGAAAGUCCAAUGGAAACCUGAGCAGCACUGUGCAGCAACUCAGUGUAAACAUGGUGCAGUGUAUGAUACCUGUGGCCCUGGAUGUGUCAAAACAUGUGACAACUGGAAUGAGAUUGGUCCAUGCAAUAAGCCAUGUGUUGCAGGUUGCCAUUGUCCAGCAAACUUAGUUCAUCACAAAGGAAGAUGCAUCAAGCCAGUCCUCUGUCCACAACGGUGACAUUAGUUCUAUAUCUGCGGACUUUAAUGUUGGUAUCUUUCAUACCUUUGAAGCUCACAGCCAAUGAAGGACUGCACUGUUUGUAUGCAGAUUCUGCAAAGUACACACAUACUCAAUGUUUGUGUAUAUAUGUGUGUGUAUGUAUAUUUAUGUGUCUAUAUAUACACACACAGGCACAUAUAUGCAUUUAUUUAUAUAUACACACACAAACGUAUAUACAUUUAUUUAUAUAUAAUGUAUACUGUGUGUGUGUAAAUACACAUCUGUACACCAAAUAUAAAUACAACAUAUAUAUAUAUAUAUAUAUAUAUAUACACACACACACAGAGAAAUAUACAUCAUUUAUGUAAACAAUGGAAGGAUGAAUAAUUUUAUGUAUAUUUUUUGCUAUAAAGUUUAUGUAUUAUUUGUAGGAUUCUAAUCUGUAAGCCAUUUGAGUCAUUGUAUAAAUAAAACAGGUGUUUUUAAUACAAUAUAGUGGCAUGAAAACAUUAGAUGACUUUGCCAUUACAUAAACUUGUAGUUUCCCAGGAAAUUUUUCUAGGGCCAUAGCAUUGCCAAACUGGAUUAUCUUCAACAGAGAACCUGGAUUUACAGUUAUACAGGAAACACGUUUCUCUGGAGAUGGAGGAUUUAUCUAGGAAUAUUUCAUGUGUACCUCAGAGGUGUCUAAUGAUUGGUGACAGGGUUUAAUGGUGCAGAGAAAGCUAGGGAUUGGAUUUUAUGCUUCAUUGAAUCACUGUAUAAAAUGACUUCCAAAACUGGAUUGGCCAACUGCCAAUAAAGAGAGAUUUGGUUUUAGAAUAGAACCAAAGAAUCAAUGGCCAGAUUCUCAAAAGUGUUCAACAUGCAGCAGCUUCCAUUGAAAAACUGACCUCUUAUUAUUUAAUUAAUUAAAUAUCCUAUAUGUGUUAUAUUUGGCAUUAACUGGGAAUGAACAGUAAAGAAACAGGAACAAAACUUUGGCCCCCUUACCAGGUUUUAAGCCAAUGGUUUUGUUUCAUACAUUCUUAGAAAUAUUAUUGGAUAAACAAAAUCUAAAUAUUGUGAAGUAAGAUGCAAUCUGCUGCAGCUUGAUACUUAAAAUAAUGUUGGCUCCCUUUCUUAGUAACUCAUUUAAUUGGUCAGCAUGUUUAGAACCCAAAGGCAAAUUCUCCCAGAGAACAAUGUAGAAAAUGUUAAAUGAUAAAUGCCGGCAGCUCACCAAUUUCAUCUAUCUUCAUUAACUUAUAGAUUUGUGAAGUUUGCUUGACUCAUGAAAUCUUCCCAAUGGAGAUGCAGUGACAUGUGAUUCCACCAGAUACCAUAAUUUAUGCUGUACGGCUCUCUCAAGCUGGGGCGCAGCAGGAGGGCAAGUUACACUUCCCUUGCCAUAGAAACCUCCAGUAGGGCCUGAUCAAUGGGAAUCUUCAGUAGGCAUUUGAUGUGAACUUAUAAUGAAGUAACCUUUUUUCCCCACGGUGCUACUUCACUAUAAUUGAAACUUCUCUCACUUGAAUUGAAAUUGCACUUCAUAAUGCCUGGGAAGAAAAAUCAGGACUUUAAUCUACUUCUCUUCAACAGAAGCUUCACUGUGUCUGAAUUCACUCUGAGUAAAAGGGCGUAACAGUUAUAUAUGGUUAUGAUGGUGUCAUGGGUGAAGCUAUUUGGUAAGCAGAUCUAACACAGCAUAAUCAUAUGCAAAAUGCUACAUACACUAGUGUUAAACAGAGCUGGGUCAAUAAAUCAAAAAGUUUUCCAUGAAUGUUUGUCUAAACUUUUUUAAAUUUGACUUGGUCACUUCAUGAGCACUCUGUGUUUGUGCUUUCUGUGAAUAUUCAAGUGAUUAAAUUUUACAGGCAAAAGGGGUUUAAGGAAAGCAAAUUUCAAAGUCACACAUGCAAGUAUUUGUGGAAACCAAACUGUAAAUGUGCAAGUGCUCAUCCAAUCGGGACACACAAACAAUACUGUGUGACUUAUCUAACCAAUCACACAAUGUAGCAAUGCUGCUGAAAUUCAGAAUGUUUGCAAUCAGUCCAUAUAGUAAAAACAUGAAAUGAUAUUUGCUAACAAAUUCAAAUAUAAAUUAAAUCUGAGGAAAUAGCAAUCUGUUUGGGAUAUUCCACGGUGGGGGUGGGAGUGAGGCUAAUCCAUUGAACAUGUUAUUUACCCUGCUCUAGUAUUAAGUGGGUAUUUUUUAUUUUUACAUAUCGAUCAAUAAAACUUAAAAAUGAACAAAGAUUAAGCACAACACACAUAAACUGCUCAUGGUGAAAACUGCAUCUCCUGAGGAUUUUUCAUCGGGUUUUGUUCUGAAUGAUCACGAUGAAUGAAAGAUAAGGAGACAUGUCCUCAGUUGCUAUACGUCAGUAUAGCUCCACCGGUAAAUAAAGUUAGGCCUGUUUACACCAGAUGAAGCCUAGAUGUGGCCCAAAGUUUCUGUGAAAAAACAAACUCUUAGGCUAGACUGUUUCAGUUUGGACCCUGACCUGCGUAUCAUCUCAGAUACAUCGUAGUUUAGCUUUGCUUUGUUAUACCUUCCUAGUUAUUACACUCUGGGGCUGUAGGGUACCAACAGUUCCUUUGCCUAGCACUCAAGGGAAUGAUAGGGCUGUACUGUGCCCUGCUCAUGGGGGGAAAGAGGCUGCUUCAUCCUCCCCUGAGACUCAUGCAUGACUGGGCAGAGUAUCACUAUUAAGGUUCUAUUCAGCAGAACUUCCACAUGAACAUCUGUAGUGCUGUGUGCCCAGCUGAGGAAUUCAGCAUCAAUCUCAGCUGAGAAUGCAGAAGCUAUUUGCCUUUCCCCUUCCUCCCAAAAUAUUCUAGGGCUGCAGUCUUGACUUGCUUGAAGUCAAUAGCACAACUCCCAUUAAUUUUAUGGGAGCAAGAAUUUCACCACAGAUGCCUCCUUAAUAGAGCUACUCAGAGGUGCUGAAUUCAUUUUACUCCUGCCAUCCUUCUGCUGUGAAAUAUUAAUCCUGGUACACUAGAGCUGGAAACUUCUGGUAUAUGGCUAUGGACGUUGUUUUUGUAAUUUGCAAAGCAGAUCCAGCUUUAAUAUGCCAUGACGAUAGCAUAUUUUUAGCCAUUGGAUCAGGAGCAAUGUACUGGUUGCUGUUUUGAUAUUCUUGGAUAGAAAUCAUACUCUGAUACCUGCAUCAAGUUUGUGCAUUAAAACCUUGAUAUUGCUUAUGCCUAUCUGUUACUGUGACUUGGUGCAAAUUCAAAGGGUGCUGCCUGUUUCAAGAGAGCACAGCUGCUAAUGAAACAAUGGUCUAAAAGAAAAGCCAAUAGAGAGGCACUGUAGUCCAAUGGGUGGAACAGAGGACUGGGAGUCAAGAGACCAGAGUUGUAUUUUUAGCUCUGCUACUGACUUGUCAUGUGACCAUUAGCAAGUCGUUUAAUCUCUGUGCCUCCGUUUCUAUCUCAAGAAAAUGGAAUUGAUAUUUACCCAUCUUUGUAAAGUGCUUUGUGAUCAAUUGAUUAAAAACAUAAAUAUAAUAUAAAUGGUAUAUUGGUUCUCAUUGGUAGAAUGCAGAGUGUUAUUUUACCAGUGUAAGAAGAUCUGCUUGGGUUCAAGCAAUCCCAAAUUUUUGCCAUUGCCUUUGUUCCAAAGGGUCUCAGUUUAUUGACAAAAUAUAUUAGUAUAAUUGU